UUUGAGUUAUUAGAUAAAGCUGAAACUUGAAAGUGCCUUGUUAAGAAGACUGAAUGAUUUAAAACGCUAUUUGCUGCAUAUAAUUGGAAUUGAAGAUUCACGGCCUGAACAUUUCAGGUUCGUGCCAUAUUUUGGCGGUUGUAAUGCCUUUAAAUGAACCAAUGGCGAUUCGCUCGAAGGCCCCAAGAGGAGCUUCUCUCGUUCGCCCUUUGUCCUCUUAAGCGUUAGAUGUCGCUGAACGCAGAGGGUAAUACAGCAAGUCCAGGAAGGACCAGAGAAGCGGUGAGAGCUAGCCCUCUCAUAUAAUGAACGUACAGUGCAUCCAUACAAAACAGUAUCGAGCCAGCUUGCACUGAGUCCAAAAAAUCAAGAACUCUUUGUUUGGAACGCACAAUUCCUCCCCAGGAACCAUGAAUGGUGACCCAAACAUGAGUACUGAUCCUCCCACGAAUACUUCUACUGAUCCUGUGAAGCAGCAAGAUUGUUCCCUCAGAGAUUCCUUGAGAGAACAGCUCUCUCAAUGGAAUCUUAUGUGCGUGGAAAUGGAAGGCUGGUGGGUGAUCUUCAGACAGACUUUUGAUCUCUACAACAACAAUGAGCCGUUCACCGCUCUGGUUUUGCUUUUCCAUCCCAAAUCAUUCGAGUUCAUCUGCCGGGUUUUGGGACGAACCACGAGCAAGGGAUUCCUGAAGGUGGAGCAUUCGUUAUUUGACAAAUGUAAAGACUUCUUCGAAGGCUCCAAACCGUGUUUGGGAGCCAAAGCCGAAAAGGAAAAUUUCCCGAUAUCCUGUCAAUGGUCCGAACAAUGUCAGAUCCUCAUUAAUGAGCCUCAUCAGACCAGUUGUUCGGGUUGUCAAACCUUCUCUGAAGGGCUCAUUCCAACCAUUGAUUGUGUCCUAGAAGAAAGCUCAGAGGCAUUCCCCAAAUUUGAAGAAGAGAGCGAUUUGGACGACCCAUCCCACAUCGAUAUUCCCGGGGAAGUCUUGCCCAUGAAAGACGAAAGCGAUGCUCAUAUCGAGAUCGAUCCAGAACCGGAGACUCCCAAUGAGAACUCCCAAGGGAAACCCGCUCCCACUUUAUUGGGAGUGGAACUGCAACCUCCUCAUAUCGCCUCAUCCUUGUCUACUCGAAGCUCGAGAAGGCCCAGAAAGCCGCAACCCAAUAUCAAGGAGGUCAUCACCUGUUUCAUUUGUUUCUCCACCUUCAAUUCCCAAAUCCAGUUAAGACGUCACUACACUAAGGAACAUCCUGGUUACAAGAAAUGUGAUAUUUGUCAGAAAGAGUUCACCAAUAAGCGUUGUGUGGUCGUUCACAUGAGGCGGAAACACUUUGCCGGGCAUUUUGUGUGCAAGUUCUGCCCUGAAAAGGUCAAGUUCGCUUCCGAUCUCGUUAACCAUCACAUCAAGGUCCACACGGAGGAAAGCUUCGAAGCCAAUUGUCCUUCUUGUAAAAAUGAUUUGUCAUUUGCAAAGAACCCCAAGGACUUGGACAAACAUUACAAGGAAUGCUAUCGAGAGAAGCAGAAAUCUCAGAACAAGAAGAACUCUGAAAGCGCCUUGACCAAAGGUGGGAAUCAGUGCUCGGAAUGUGGAAAAAUAUGCCGGUCCAGUACGGUUCUCAAGAUGCAUCUGAAGACCCACACGGGGGAUAAAUCCUUCCAAUGUGAGUUUUGCGAUUUCAAGACCAUUUAUAAAGUGUCCAUGCAAUUUCAUCACCGCCGACAUCUCGUGGAUCAAGGGGUAUUAGAGAAAGUCAUUUGCGACCUCUGCGGCAAGGAAUACCGCGACAAGUAUAACUUGAGGGCUCAUGUUCAAAGUGUUCACGAGAAAUCGAGCGUGGUUCAUUGCGAUCAAUGCGAACGGACCUUCAGCUGUAAAAAGACCUUGACCACGCACAAGAACCGGAUUCACGGCGAAAGCAGCGAGUUCUUUUGCCGCGAAUGCGGCGCCCGUAGUGGCAGUAAAUAUGAACUGGAGACACAUAUGCGCACACACCGAGAGCCUGAAUUUAAAUGCAAAUUUUGUGGCAAGAUGAUGAAGACGUCGGCCUCUUUGAUUUCUCACGAGCGGAUUCACACUGGAGAAAACCCAUUCAAGUGCAAGUUAUGCGAGUACAGUUGCAAAUCCAGUGCCACGUUGAGUGCUCAUAAGAAAUUCAUUCACAAUAAUGGAAAGAAGCUCUCAUUACAUCCCUUGGUGGAAUAUGACAAAGAUCCGACGGAAACAGCUUAGAACGGUGAUGCUCUGAAAUAUACUCGUUUGUGGUUAGUUAAA